AUGGCUUCGGGACACAAUGACCCCAAGCUGCUAUAUGCCGUCAAUGGCGUGUCGGCAUACCACAUCGCGAAUGGCAAGGAGGAGUCUCUCACGCCCGCCGGCCCACAGACACUUUCGUUGCUGAUGGUGCCGACGUCUUCUCCCUUUGCCGACUCUGCCCUUGAUUCUCAAGGUGAUGCUCCGGAGGAGGAUUUCUACCUCCACUUACACCUUCCGCCUGAACUAGACCUUCCUCUCCCAGCAACCACACAGAUAUACCACCAGCCGCCCACGAGCUACCUCAUCCCCCGUUGGGAUCUCGGUCCAGACAGUGGCGCCUUCACUCGCAUCGAAUUUCCCGAGUUGGGGACCCGCAAAGGGGUUCAGGAGGAUGUUGACACCUUUGAGACCAUCCUUGCGCAAUGCACGGCGUUCCUCGAGCGAGCGCCACCCCCCAAGAUCAGCAAGGGCAAGAAGUCUGAGAAAUCCACUACAUCCCCCUCAUCCUCCAAGUCAAAGUCCGCUUUGGCAGAUGAGCUUCCCGCAUAUAACCCGGCCGACUUUAUGCCUGGGGAGGGUUAUGUCCAGGGCAGUCAUAGCUCCAAUCGUGGAGGUCAGAUAGUUCUUGUCGAUGAAGAAGAUGGGAGUGUCAUUGGCGAGCUCGGUGAUGGGUUCCACGUGGUUGAAGAUACCAAAUUGAAACCAGGAUCCAAAGAUCCAGUACAGAUCACACUUCCACAAGACGGAAGCCAAAACAUAGCCGUUGCGCCGGCUUCACAGGAGGAUCUCGAGAUCAUCUUGCACCCAGCUUAUAAGAAAUCUUUCUUGGUAUCCAAUGCCGCGGCGGCUUCGCGAUUGAUUGUCACGACGUCAGACUUUGUAUCGAGAGCAUUGCAGAGCCAGGCCGACAGUUUCACGAAAAAGACCAAGCCAAAUUCUGAGCCAGUCACCUUCAAGCCGGCGACUCGAGAGCAUAUUCGCAGGAUCAACACCUUCACCACCAACGCUGCCGGUCUGUCCUCCAAGACCGUUGGAUCGAUAGGCAAAGUUGCACAGAAUCUCGGCGCCACCCUGUCUAGUCGGACAAAGGGCAGUGGUAAAAAAGGCUUUGAUAAAGAUGGCAAGCCUUUGGACGAUUACAAGCCUGGAAUCUUGAACAAGAGCCUGAUGGCAUUCUCGACCGUCGCUGAUGGCAUCGAGCAGGCUGGCCGCAACCUCCUGGCAUCCACAUCCACAGCUGCCACGACGGUCGUCGAGCAUAAGUGGGGUGAAGAAGCUGGCGAUGUUUCUCGCAGUCUUGGUGGCGGUGUGAAGAAUGUUGGGCUUGUCUACAUUGAUGUCACCGGCGUGUCCCGUAGGGCCAUUAUCAAGAGCGUAGCCAAGGGCAUGGUCAUCGGCCGAGUUGCCAAUGGUGGAGGCGACGUUGUCGUGGGAGGUGGCGACGGUGGUGUCGCUACGCUCCCACCGCAUCUCCUAGAAGCCAAAGAUAACGGCUCGGAUACCACCAGCUCCUAUAGUGGAGUAGAAGGUAAGAAGCCAUCGACUAAGUAUUAA